AUUCAACAGUGUUAUGGACCCAUUGCCCGCUGCCCGUCUUCUCCAUCGUUCUCAUCAAAUUAGCUCCAACUUGAUAUUUUCAUCAUUGUUUUCACUUGAAUGAAAAAGCCAUAAAUACAGCAUUCAAGUCCCUCUAACGGAUCUCUGUAUUCAAUCACCAUUUCUCGCACAAACACAGGUUUCACUUCUCUCUAACUCCCACUCACAAAAACACCUUAAACCGAGCAUCCUUUGACUCUGCUUCUUAAAUCUCUGUGUCUGUUUGUCGGAGAGGAUUUUGUUUCAGUUUCUAUCCUGUUUCAGCUGGAGAUACCUUUGUGUUUCUCUUUGUGUUUUGCAUGAAACAUAGUUUGGAUUCAAGUUUUCAUUAGUAAAACUGUACGAUGAAAUAUAUUCGGGCCUACAGCUUGAAGCGGUUCUUCUCAUUGAAACGACCAGAUUUUGAAGGAGAAAUUCCAAAACCAGAUCGCUCUAUAGUAGAAAACAAAGAUAUCUUCAAUAAUGCUGCAGUACCAGAGCUUGCUCAGAGACCCACUUGGAAAUGCUUCUCCUAUGAAGAACUUUUUUAUGCCACCAAUGGUUUUAGCUCAGAGAAUUUGGUUGGCAGAGGAGGCUAUGCAGAGGUAUACAGAGGAACUCUGGGAGACGGUGAAGAAAUCGCAGUGAAGAGACUGACGAAAUCUUCUUCUGAUGAAAGGAAAGAGAAGGAGUUCUUGACAGAGAUUGGAACCAUUGGUCAUGUGCACCACCCAAAUGUAUUAUAUCUCUUAGGAUGUUGUAUUGACAAUGGGCUCUACCUCAUUUUCCACUUCUCCUCAAAAGGCUCAGUUGCUGCUCUUUUACAUGACCCGAAUCAGCCGCUGUUAGAUUGGAAAACAAGGCACAAGAUAGCCAUGGGGACGGCUAGAGGCCUGCAUUACUUGCACAAGGACUGCCAAAGAAGAAUAAUUCACCGGGAUAUCAAGACCUCCAACGUUUUAUUGACUGAGGAUUUCGAACCACAGAUAUCGGAUUUUGGACUAGCAAAAUGGCUUCCAUCUCAAUGGUCUCACCAUUCAAUAGGCCCGAUCGAAGGGACAUUUGGGCACUUGGCUCCUGAGUACUAUUUGCAUGGGAUUGUGGAUGAGAAGACGGAUGUGUUUGCUUUUGGAGUUUUUCUUUUGGAGAUAAUCUCAGGCAAGAGACCGGUACUGGAUGGCUCUCACCAAAGCUUGCACAGCUGGGCCAAACCAAUACUUAUCAAAGGGGAGACUGAAAAGUUGAUAGAUCCAAGGCUUGGAGGGGCAUAUGAUGUAAAGCAGCUAGAAAGACUAGCCUUUGCAGCCUCUCUUUGCAUCCGCUCAUCUUCAUUGUGGCGCCCAACAAUGAGUGAGGUAAUGGAGGUAAUGGAAGAUGGAGAGGUGGACAAAGAGAGGUGGAAGAUGCCAGAGGAAGACGAAGAAGAGUUCUGGGGAUUUGAGGAUCUAGAAUCUGAAUGCAACAGUACUACUUCCUUCUCUUCUCCACACGACUCGGUAUCUAUAGGAAGUUGUUAAAGAGCUAAGAGAUUAGUAAGUCGACGAAAAUCAUCAUGUGUUGAUCAUCGGUCUUAUCGACAUUUAAUCAACACUUAUAUUUCUACCCAUUAGACUCCAAUUCCAUCGAUGCUAGCUCAUGCACAUAUAUAUAUAUAUAUAUAUUAUUACUGUCA